AAUUUAUUUCAUUCAAAUUAUUCAAAUUACCAUGGCAGCAGUCAAGCGAUUCUUCUCUUCCCCCGCUUUGCAGUGGCGGGGGCCAGCAAUGACACUCAUAAGUUCGGAUACAAGAUCCUCGCCUGGUAUCAUCAACACUCCCUACCGGUGACACCACUCAAUCCCCGAGCAGCGCAGAUCACUCUCCCCUCGCGUGCUUAUGAUACAGUCCCCUCACCGGCCAGUUUGCCAUCGCCGGCACAGACUUCCCUCUCAGUCGUGACCCCUCCAGCUGUGACCCUCCAAGUGCUGGAGGAAGCGCACUCGGUGGGGAUCCCUGCAGUUUGGUUACAACCUGGUACCUUUAACGAUCAAGUGUUGGAAUACGCUCACAGCCACUUUGAGGCAGUGAUUGCGGGAGAUGGGGGACAGGGCGGCGAGGGAUGGUGUGUGUUAGUUGAUGGUGAUGAGGGAUUAGAGGCAGCCGGAGUCCAAUGGACCAGCCAGCGAUUGUAA